UGUCAAGCUCCAUUGGAGAACGGAAGGAACAAGUACCAUUGCUCAUCACUUUCUAAUCCGCCAUUGGGUAAAUCCGUUAUGCGAAAAUCCGCGGUCGGCGAAAAUGGUCGGCGGAAGAAGUUUUCUAUUUCGUUAUUUCGAGCGGAGAUCGAGGAGGACUUUUUGGUGUUCAAGGGGACGAAGCCCAGUCGAAGACCUAAAAAGAGAUCCAAGGCCAUCCAGAGGCAACUCGAUGACUUAUUUCCUGGCGUAUGGUUGUCGGAGAUUAAUGCAAACAUGUAUAAAGUAGAUUAAUGAGUUGAUUCUUCAUUUAUCUUUUU